CUUUUCCAUCUUCCAACUGUUUUUGUGGUCGCUCGCUCGCCGUGUGCAGGCUCUGCGCUAGAAUAGAGACACCCACCCUUACUUACGCUCCUUUGAAAGCGAAUGCGAACUUCAACGGGAGAGAGUAUACACGUCACCUAAAUAGAAGUUUAGUUUUUAAUUAUAGCCUAGUAUUUUUGUAGGUAUCCAUUUACUCUCUAUUCUUCCAGGCUCCCCUUUUUCAAGUCCGGGAGGUCAAAGAAAGCGAAUGCUUCAGGUGGGUGGCUGGCAUCCAUCUGUUUCCCCCUAAGUUUUUGGGACUUUUUCUAAGGUGUGCCACUGCAUGAACAAGGAGACAGUGGUCUGAGAGUGUAUCUGCGCUCUUGUGACACUCUUGAGCCAAUGCUAUUGCUAUGCAAUAGAUGUGACGACGGACCCAAGUGUCGCUCAGAAACGGUGCAUCUCUGUGAAACACGAUGAAAGACGACUUUGCAGAUGAGGAGGAAGUGCAGUCUUUUGGCUACAAGAGGUUUGGAAUCCAAGAAGGAACUGAAUGCACUAAAUGUAAAAAUGACUGGGCCCUGAGGGCAGCGAUUGCUCUUCUAUACGUGCUGUGUGCUCUGCUUACCAUCGCCGUAGCAGUGCUGGGAUACAAAGUGGUGGAAAGGAUGGACAACGUCACAGAAGGGAUGAAGAGCUAUGGAGGGAAGAUUACAGAUGUGGAGACAGACCUAAAGAAACUGGAUGCCCAAACAGGUAAGAAAUCUGAAAACGCCACCAGUGAAUUAAUGUCCUUUAAGUCGGACAUUCAGAUGUUGCAGCGCCAAGUGCAUGACAUUGCCAAUAAGGCGAACAUUAACCAGGCAGCUUUGGAUGAACUACGGGAAGUGGGAGAGGACAUGCAUAGUGGCCACAUCACCCUGCGGGGGCUGCUGGACAGCAAUGCCAACACCAUCCGCAGCGUGAACAGCACGCUGACCAUGUACAGCACCCUGAUCAAUGGGCUGAAAGCAGACACGGAGCGUCUGCACUCGGGCUUGCUGGUCCAGACCACGGACCAGAGCCGCGCCUUGGUCAGCAUCAGUGCCCUCAACAUCACGCAGGCCCAGCAGCGGAACCUGAUCGGCAUCCUGCAGCGGUCGGUGGAGGACACCAGCCAGGCCGUGCAGAAGCUGAAGAACGACUACCAGGGCCUGCAGCAGACGGCCCGACAGACCAAGGCCGACGCCGACUGGCUGAGGGACAAGGUUCAGAACCUCCAAGUGCUGGCCGCCAAUAACUCUGCCCUCGCACGAUCCAACGGUGAGGCCCUGGAUGACAUGGGCUCACAACUCGGUACCUUGUCCGAGCAGGUGCAGAACGCCUCGUCGGUGUCUGAGGGUCACGACCAGAGCUUGCGCGAGCUCAUGGACCGGCAGCGGGACCAUGACAACGCCACUGCGGUCAAGUUCGACCGGCUGGAGGCACGCCUGGACGGCCUGGAGAGUGACAUGGACCGCGUAACGGGCAACGUGAGCUUCACCACACAGCUGCUCGGCGCCAUCAGCACGGAUCUGAAUGGCCUGAGGUCCUGCACCGAGACGGUCACCCGUCACUCGGACCUGCUGCUGGGGCUGAACAGCAGCGUGGCCGAAGCCAGGGCCGACGGCACCGAGCUCCGGACCCAGCAGGACGAGCUGGCGGCCAGGCUGGACAAGGAGGUGAGCAGUCUCUCCUUGGUCAUGGAGGAGAUGAAACUGGUGGACACCAAGCACUCGCAGAUCAUCACCAACUUCACCAUUCUUCAAGGGCCUCCUGGACCAAGGGGCCCUCGGGGUGAUAAGGGACCCACAGGCCCAGCAGGGAAGCAAGGCCCUAAAGGUGACCCUGGGGACAAGGGAAUGACAGGCGCACCCGGUGCCAAAGGAGAAAGAGGUCCCCCUGGACUUCCAGGGAUACCAGGACUCAAAGGGUCGGCUGGAUCCAGGGGAUCGCCCGGAUCCAAGGGUUCCAGAGGGUCAGGAGGUCGCGCUGGUCCACCUGGUGAGAAGGGUGAGCCGGGUGCACCGGGUCUGCCAGGGAGAGAUGGACAGCCUGGCCCCCAGGGGCCACAAGGCCCACAGGGACCCAGGGGACCAGCUGGGGCUGAAGGUGCAGAAGGUCCACGCGGGCAGGUUGGCCCCAUUGGCCCUCCUGGACCACCCGGGCUGCCAGGGUUACCUGGUCAGACAAUAACAGGCCCGGUAGUACCGCAGCAAGUCAAGGCCCCAGAGCCCACGCCAUUCCCCGGUUGCCCACUACAGUGGAGGAACUUCGGAGACCAAUGCUACUAUUUCUCAACUGGAGCAGAGAGACUAAAUUUUGAUGAAACAAAAGAACUCUGCAGUAACAAGUCAGCCACCAUGCUCAUUAUUAAUGACAACACUGAGCAGCAAUGGAUACGAAAGCAAAUUGUAGGGAAAGGCUACUUUUGGCUCGGCUUGACCGACAGCGAAGAAGAAAACAUCUGGAGAUGGGUUGAUGGGAGCCUGCCAGCUUUCACAAAAUGGAAACCAGGCCAGCCUGACAACUGGAGCCAUGGGCAUGAGGAGGGAGAGGACUGCGCCGGGCUGAUCCAUGAAGCUAGCCACAGUAAGAACAGGAUAAACUUGCUUGUUUUCAUUUCGGCAAUGCCUCUGUUCACGUCUAACCCCUUUGACCAAGAUGUUGAGAAAGCAACCAGUGAGAUGAACACAGCAGAGGACUGGGGUCUCAUAUUGGACAUAUGUGAUAAGAUCGGACAGUCGCGCACAGGGCCAAAAGAAUGCCUGCGGUCUAUAAUGAGACGAGUCAACCACAAGGAUCCUCAUGUAGCCAUGCAAGCAUUGACGCUACUAGGUGCGUGUGUGUCAAAUUGUGGCAAAAUAUUCCACUUGGAGGUCUGCUCUAGGGAGUUUGCUAGUGAAGUCAGCAAUGUCUUGAACAAGGGCCACCCUAAGGUGUGUGAGAAGCUAAAGGCCCUCAUGGUGGAGUGGGCGGAGGACUUCCGUAACGAUCCUCAGCUCAGCCUGGUCUCCGCCAUGAUCAAGAACCUGAGGGAGCAGGGUGUCACCUUCCCUGCUGUGGGCUCACAGGCUGCGGAGCAAGCUAAAGCCAGCCCUGCAUUAGUGGCCAAAGAUCCUUCCACAUCAACAAACAAAAAAGAGGAGGAGGACCUUGCUAAAGCCAUCGAGCUCUCCCUGAAGGAGCAGCGUCUGCAGACCCAGACGUCGCUCUCCAGCCUCUACCCCAGUGCCAGCAGCCUGCUCUCCUCCACCAGCAAGCCGGAGGGGCGCAAGGUGCGUGCCAUCUAUGACUUCGAGGCUGCCGAGGACAACGAGCUCACCUUCAAAUCUGGAGAGAUCAUCACCAUUUUGGAUGACAGCGACCCCAACUGGUGGAGGGGCGAGACGUACCAGGGAGUGGGCCUGUUCCCUUCCAACUUUGUGACCGCAGACCUGACGGCGGAGCCCGAAAUGAUGAAGACAGAGAAGAAGACGGUACAGUUCAGCGAGGACAUCCAAGUAGAGACUAUGGAGCCAGAGCCAGAACCAGUCUACAUUGAUGAGGAGAAGAUGGACCAGCUGUUGCAGAUGAUCCAGAGUGCAGAUCCAACAGAUAACCAGUCGGAUCCUGUGGAGCUUCUGCAGCUGGAGGGUGCUUGUAACCAGAUGGGGCCGCUUAUUGAUCAGAAACUGGAGGACAUUGACAGGAAGCACUCUGAGCUGUCCGACCUGAACGUGAAGCUGAUGGAGGCUCUGUCGCUGUACGCCAAACUCAUGAAUGAGGACCCAGUAUACGCCAUGUACGCUAAACUCCAGAGUCAACAGUACUACAUGCAGCAGCCGGCCAAUGCUUCCCAACAGGUGUACCCAGGCCAGGCCCCAGCAGGCUCGUACGCCAUGAGCGGCACAGCAGUGCAGGGCUACAGCGUGCCACUGGAACAGCACGCCUCCAUGAACCAGGCCGGAGGCCCCAUGCCAGGCCAGCCAAAUCCCAGUGACGUGCACAUGUACAUGGGCCAGCCUGGCGUCUACGGCCCCAACCAAGGAACCAUGGGGCCCGGCGAGGUGCCCUCCUAUCAGAACCCCUCCAGUGUGCCAGCCGGAAUGGGCCAGCCCCCUAGCUACAGUGCCCACACCACCCAGAGCCUUCCAGCCCCCUCCGAGGGACAGCAGGUCCCUUACCCUGCUGAGAAGGCCUUGCUCUAAGGCCGGCACAGACAGACUGAGACCCACCCGGCCCCCUUUUCCCCGUUUCUGUCUGACACACAAGGCGCACAUGUAUAUACAGUCACAUGCAAAUUAUGCAGAUCCCCUAGCCCGGUUAUGCACAUAAAUAGACUUACAAAAUCUUUCAGAACACUAACUUUUAGUUCAACAUACACAUACAUACAGUAUGUUCACACUACACACACACACACACACACACACACACACACACACACACACACACACACACACACACACACACACACAGUCCAAAUAUGUAGGUGUAUAGUUCUCUGACCGUUUUUACCACUGAGUUUACAGUCAGUGGUGAAGAGGCAAUGAGCAUCUUUUUACAUUUUUCAUUUCUUUUUAAGACUGGACACUUGUCAGAAAGGAGCACUCGGCCAUUUCAUGUGACGCAUCUUUAAUUUUUAGUAUCAUUAAAGACUGGAAACCAAGUUGAGGAAGGCUGAGAGGACAGUGCCAGAUGAAGGAACAGGAAUAAGCAUGCAUACUUUGUACAUAGCAUACUGCCUGCCUGACUGCACAGGUGGCCGUAGCAUCAUGGCUGCUGUGGCAGAGCCCUGAAGGACAGCAGGGGCCCACUCCCUCCUACAGGGUCUUCCAAACUCAUCAAAGUCCUCAUAACGUAAGCUGCCUCCGAAGACCCGCGGAGGAGAGAUCAAACACUCACACACACAUAGACAUGUAUACACACACUCACACACACAUAGACAUGCACACACACACGCAUACAUAUACAUACAUACAUACAUACACACACUCACACACACACACACAUACACACACACACAUACAUACCUACUCCGCUACAGGUGCUGGCUGGUGUUCUGGUCAGUGUCCCAUGGUGUCUAUAGGCAUCAGUUUUGCUCAGUGUUAAAUUUAUACCAUGCAUUUUUUUUGUAGCGUGAUUUUUAAUUUAUAAUUUUUGAAUUAUUGUUAUUGCUAUUUUUAAUGCACAGUUGUGUGUGUAUAAGAGGAAACAAAAAAGGACAGAAAUAUUCUACCUGUUGUAAGAGGCUUGGGAUUCCCCAUUUUAGUUUGAUUCUGUAGACUCAGAAUGGCUGCCUGCUCUGAGAGAUGGAGCCCGACACUGCACGUCAGGUAGUGAUUAUUACUGUACAUCCAUGCACUUUUGAUUUUACCGUGACAUCUCGGAAUGUUUCUGUUUCAACACUAGAGACCACCCUGACUGAAUCCUUAAAACUCCCAGAAAUGCAAAACUGGUCCGCUCAUCUCAAGCCGGACUAGAUUUCAAAACUCUAAAGAUGCACUCCUUAAAAGCAAACAAGAGAUGGCUCUCAUGAUUUCAGUUGAUUAACUGAUCAUUCAUUCUUGAAGAUAGAAUAUGAAGUCCAUCUUAGAGAUAUAGGUCACUGGAUAAAUGGCAGGCCCCUGCUUACCAAAGCCAGAGUCUCUCCUGUGCUGGAUGGUGCUCAGCUCAGAUUGGAGACUAAAUGUGCUUGUGGACGUGGACGCUGAGUGGGACUAGAGUGGUGGACACUGAUAUUCUCACUGAGUUUCAUCCAGUGGUCGUGACUGAGUGACUGUCCUGCUCCAGUCUCUCCCUUUGAUGCCCCACUGUGUAGAUGAAAUGUGAAGGAUAGGAAACAUGUUUUUGGGAAAUUCUACCCUGGGACCACAAGCCAGUCUUAAAUAAGCACUCCUUUUGCACAUGGUGUUGGGAGGUAGAUGUCCCAGAUCGAAACUUUGUCCACAGGGAAACGUGACUGGUUUUAUGUUUUGAAAAAAAAGUGGUCGAUUCUUGUGUCAGUUUUGCGGUUAUGUUCCAAUGUAGCCAGCUGUUUGUAUGUACAAAUUUAAUCAUCUUAAUUAUAAUUAGUAUUCACAAUAAAACUAGGUCAAAUGUA